AGGCAGAGGCAGGAGUCUCCUCCAUAAGUUCGAGGCCAGCCCGGGCUAGAGAGUAGUCCAGACAAUCUGUCUCCUAGGUUUUACAGGAAACACUAUUUAUUUAUUACCCAGUGUAGCCCAUGUCUCCUUUUCUAGGUUCUGUUGGCAAGCCUCUCGCUAUCUCCCCGGACUAAGCGUCGUUCAUCAGGGUGUGUGGGUCUCUGUCUUAGCGGUUGUCUUAACUGGGGUAAAGAGCCGUGCUCCUCACGACCUCUUGCCCACCAGCUAGGAUGUCAGCUCCGGCCGUCCCUCCUCCUGGUUCGCGGAGCCAAGCUCAGCACCCGGCGCAUAAACGCUGGGCAAACGAUACUUCCCUCGUCCACUUGAAUAAUUACUUAUCAGUGCCUAUUAUGUACCACAGGCUUUCCUGUACGCACUAUAUUAGCCAGACAGGGAAAGUCCCCUUUUCUAACGGAGGAAACCGAAGCUCAGGGAUGGAAGGGGAUCACAGGCAGAGCCGAGCCUCCACCUCAGACCCCAGAUCCUUUCCCACUCAUCAGAGGCCACGGAACCUGACCCCUGGUCCGGCCGAGUGCUUCCUUCCUGGGUUUUUGCAUUUCUGUUAGCUGCCUGUUCCUCCCUUCCCGGCAUCUUUACCCUCCUUCCUGCCCUUUAGCUGUUCCCACUCGGGCUCCUCCUUUUGUCCUCGGGGAGUGGCCUCCCCCCUUCUCCCCCUCCCCCUGGAGUAGGGCACAGGCUAGGCACCAAGAAACUGCCUUAGUGAUACCAUUCCCUGGACAGCCCCGGCACACAGCACCGCAGCCACGGUGAACUAGCCAGCGGCCUCCCUUUCAGCCUCCUAGGAGGGAGUCUGUGCCACCCACUGGGCAGUUCACCCAGUCAUCUUCUCUAAUGAGAUUUCUGACCAGACACCCAAACAGGACACAAGUCCCCAGGAGAGGAAGCCGUCUGGGCUGAAGUCUGUGAUUGCAUCAAGGGCCUGGGCGUGGGUCAACCUCCUGGGCUAUCUCUGGCGCCCCCUGCUGGGGGCAAAGCUGGAUGCAAGGAAACAGGAAUCCCUGGGUACCGGCCACAAUCGCCGCUCUCCAACAUCCGAGGCUUGGGAAGAAUUCUCAUGCCAAAGCAAGAAGGUGGAGGGAUGAGGAAUAUCCAGUCAUUUGUAAAGUCCCAGCAGCUGUGGGUCUUCGAGGAUCAUUUCCAAAAGACCAGCCUCCCUGUUCUGCACUCCAACGAAGCCAGUGAAAGACCCUCGGUCAGGAUUAGGCAGAGGAUGAGGAGGACCAGAGAGACCUUGGUCGCGUCCUCUGUGCCAGCACCGCCUCCAUCCCGCCCCCCUCAGGGCCAUCUCUUGCCUUCCCAAGGGUCAGGGAGCUUUUACGGAGCAAAGAGAGCAGAAGGAAAGAGGUGAUUACAGCUGUGGGUUCAGCUGCUGCCAGCCCUGGAGCCUCAUCCCAUGUCAACGAUGAGGCAAGUGUGAAAAAUGGAGCGUAAUAGAGACGUCACAAGAUCUCCCAGGCCCUCAACCGAAAACCACCUCGCUGUCCAUCCAGCUGGAAGUGCCAGUGGCUGAUGAAGCAUGCUUGCCCGGCUCACUGCUCUUCAGAAGAGGCAUACAUCUCCCUGGGGUCCUGUGUGUGCAUGCAUGUGUGGUGUGUGUGUGUGUGUGUGUGUGUGUGUGUGUGUGUGUGUGUGUGGUGUGUGUGUGUGGUGUGGUGUGUGUGUGUUUGUGCGAAGAUAGCUUUGCAAGCUGUGAGGCACCCUGGCUUUGGGGGUCCAAACUAGCCAGCUUUCCCUUCUGGAUCUGCUGGCCUAAUUCCCAGCUGCAGCUGCCACCUUGGGUCCCCCUCCCCAAGGCAAUCUCCCUGCAUAUUUGGCGGCGUGGAAAGGAGGGGCUGAGGGAAGGGGAGAGAGAGAGAAGCAGAGAAGGGACUCGGGCUAAUCUGAUGUUGAUGAUCCGAAAGGCUUCCCAGCGCCAGUGCCCUCUGCCAUCAACUCUCCAGGGGAUUUUUUUUUUCCGGUGCCACGCACUCUUCUGCCUUUGUCUCCUUAAGAAAGUUAAACCUAGAUACACAAACACACAUACAAACCACCAGGAAAGAAAAAAAAAAAUCAGCAGGAGCAGGCAGGCGAGCACGCGCGCGCUCGGGCUCAGCUCUGUCCUGGAGGAAGAGCGACGCAGGCAGAGAAACGCUGGGGUUGGCAGUGACCCAGACUGAGGUCUCCUGGCCCCCCAGGAGCCUCCUUCAUGGACCCAGAGAUCGCCAGAGGGGCUGCGUCAGUGUAGGAUGGGCAACUGUGUCAAGUCCCCGCUGAGAAACCUCUCGAGAAAGAUGCGCCAGGAGGAGAAGACCAGCUACAUGGUGGUGCAGACAAGUGAGGAGGGCCUGGCCACCGGCGGCGGCGAGCUUCCGGGACCGCUCAUGAUGCUGGCCCAGAACUGCGCAGUCAUGCACAACCUGCUGGGUCCCGCCUGCAUUUUCCUUCGAAAGGGUUUUGCCGAGAACAGACAACCUGACAGAUCAUUACGACCAGAAGAGAUCGAAGAGCUCCGAGAGGCCUUCCGAGAAUUCGACAAGGACAAGGACGGCUACAUCAACUGCCGGGACCUGGGGAACUGCAUGCGUACCAUGGGCUACAUGCCCACCGAGAUGGAACUCAUUGAGCUGUCCCAGCAGAUCAACAUGAACUUGGGUGGCCAUGUGGAUUUUGAUGACUUUGUGGAACUAAUGGGACCUAAGCUCCUGGCGGAGACAGCCGAUAUGAUUGGUGUAAAGGAACUGAGAGAUGCCUUUCGGGAGUUCGACACCAACGGCGAUGGGGAGAUAAGCACCAGUGAGCUUCGAGAGGCCAUGAGGAAGCUCCUGGGCCAUCAGGUGGGUCACCGAGACAUAGAGGAGAUUAUCCGAGAUGUGGACCUCAAUGGAGAUGGACGAGUGGACUUUGAAGAGUUUGUCCGGAUGAUGUCCCGCUGAGGCCGCCAGGGCUUCUCCAGGACUGCCAACUCCCACAGGCGGGGAGAAGAGCCGAGCUCGCCUCACUCCGCAGUAGAUGCCGAGAGCCCAGGAUGCAACGGGCGGAUGGGGCCUGCCUGCACCCCGGGGAGGUGCCCACCCGGACCCCCACCCCUCCGCACUGUGAAAGACUCACAACUCCUGCAACUGGAAAAAAGGGGGGCGCCCGCCGGCGAGGAGGCCGCAGUGCCAAAGCCGGUAGAGGACAUGCAAGGCGCCAAGUGCCAUGUGCCCAGCCGCUGCUGGCUGGGUGGGCCAGGGAGCCCACCAGCAGACCCCACACAGCAUGUCUGCCCCGGGGCAGAGCCUUUCAGCGCCCUCCUGAGCUCUACGCCCGUCCCAGCUCGCCUAGCCCUUUGAUCUCAGAACCAAUAAAAAAACCGAGAAUGA